AACUACUCCAUAUUUUAUCUUGUACUAUAUCAUAAAACUUGUAUCCACUCUAAUUAAUGUUGAAGUACAAGUUUCAUUAUAUUAUUUUUUUGAUAUUGAAGUUUCAUUAUAUUAAUGUUAAAGGCAUGACAAAAUAAGAUACAACAAAGUCACUUGUCAUUGAAAAUACAUGUUGGCGCAUGUAUCAAUCAAUCUAUCUAUCUAUAUAUAAACGACACACUCAUUACCCUCUAUGAUCACAUUCACAUCAUAUCAUAAAAUAAUAAAAGAAACACAAAAAAUAGCUAUGUGGCGGUGCAUGUUGAUUUUCAUCAAUAUUAUAUUGAUCGGAGCAACCAUAUUGGAAGUGAAACCAGUGGUUGCGGUGGUGAACGGUGUUCCACUUAAAACAAGUUCAAGAUGGAUUGUGAAUAAAAAUGGAGAAAGGGUAAAAUUGGCAUGUUUAAAUUGGGUUUCACAUUUAGAUGCUGUUGUAGCUGAAGGGCUUAGUAAAAAGCCCGUGGGUGUUAUAUCUUCUGGAAUAAAGUCCAUGGGCUUUAACUGUGUUAGGCUUACUUGGCCUAUUCUUCUUGUAACUAAUGAGACUCUUUCUUCUCUUACGGUUAGAGAAUCAUUUCAGAAUCUUGGUCUACUUGAAUCUAUUUCUGGUUUUCAAUCCAAUAAUCCUUCUAUUAUUGAUCUUUCCCUCAUUCAAGCUUUUCAGGCAGUUGUGAAAAGUCUUGGGGACAACAAUGUGAUGGUGAUUUUGGACAACCAUAUAACCCAACCAGGGUGGUGCUGUAGUGGUUCCGACGGUAAUGGGUUCUUUGGCGACCAAUAUUUCGACCCAAAUUUGUGGACCACAGGCCUCACCAAAAUGGCCACUCUUUUCAAAGGAGUGACCAAUGUGGUGGGAAUGAGCUUGAGAAAUGAACUCCGAGGUCCAAAACAGAAUGUAGACGAUUGGUACAGGUAUAUGGUGCAAGGAGCAGAAGCUGUUCAUGCAGCAAAUCCAGAUGUUCUUGUAAUUUUAUCUGGAUUAAAUUUUGACAAAGACUUAUCCUUCCUUGCGAAAAGACCAGUGAGCCUAACAUUCACUGGAAAACUAGUGUUUGAGGCACAUUGGUAUGGCUUCACUGAUGGUGAAGCUUGGGUGUCAGGUAACCCAAAUCAAGUAUGUGGACAAGUGGCUGGAAAUAUGAAGAGAAUGUCUGGCUAUUUGGUUGAUCAAGGAUGGCCAUUGUUUGUGAGUGAGUUUGGGGUGGACUUGAGGGGUACUAAUGUCAAUGAUAACCGUUAUCUUAACUGUUUUAUAGCAUAUGCAGCUGAGCUUGAUUUGGAUUGGGCAUUGUGGACAUUGGUUGGUAGUUACUAUUUUAGACAAGGGGUUAUAGGAAUGGAAGAGUUUUAUGGGAUUAUCAAUUGGGAUUGGUCACAAGUUAGAAAUGCUAGUUUCUUGCAUAGGAUUGCUUCCCUUCAACUUCCAUUUCGAGGUCCAGGCAUAACAAUAGGCAAUCCACACAAACUGAUUUUCCAUCCUUUAACCGGUCUUUGCGUGAUAAGAAAGUCACUACUAGAGCCACUAGAAUUAGGUCCAUGCUCUCUUUCUGAUGGCUGGAACUACACACCACAGAAGACAUUAUCAAUAAAGGGUACAUACUAUUGCAUACAAGCACAAAAAGAAGGGAUGCCUGCAACACUUAGCAUACUAUGCUCAAAUCCUAACUCUCAAUGGGACAUGAUCUCAGACUCCAAAUUGCACCUUUCAUCAAAAACUAGCAGUGGAUCAACAGAUGUUUGUUUAGAUGUGAACGAAAAGAACGCCAUUGUGACCAAUGCGUGUAAAUGCUUGAGCAACGAUAAAUCAUGCGACCCUGCAAGCCAGUGGUUUAAACUUAUUGAUAGCGGUAGGAGGUCAAGUUCGUCAACCUCGACAUUAUCUGAGCUAAAUUUAUUGGAGAUUUUCAUGACACCAUUGAACUCAAAAUAAGUUUCUUUUAGCCAUUUUAGUGUAAAUUUGUUUCACAAUGUACUAGUACUCAUUAAAAGUACCAUCCACAAUUAUUAUUUCAA